AUUGUUCUUUGGACACAACCAUCACGACGCUUGCGUUUCUGCCUCUCUGAGAACACUUGUUGAGCUUGCUAUGAGCGUUGAAGUUCUGGAUCUGACGGGGUCUGACUGGGAUGACGACGCAUUCGUAUACGACGACGAGCGCCGAGGCCAACGCGUCUCGAAAGCAAUGGAAAUCAUCGACAGCGUUGGCAAUAGAAGGGACAAGGGAAAAGCCAAGGAAGAUGCCUCAUGUUCUCCUCAGCUCUCAAUAGACGCAAUGAAAGCGCCAAGACCAUUGCAGCAGCGACGUCCAAGUGGCAACGCAAAUAAGCGCCCAAGAACACCUUCAGCUGCAUCGGACGACGAUGAGAUUGAGAUACUAGAAGCCCCCAUCGCAGGGUCGUCUAAGUCUCGUACGCACAAGCGGCAGCGUACUUCACCCAGCGAGAACGUCAAGCCGAAGCCACAGCCACGGCCGAGCACCUCCCACGAUACUGAAAGUAGAGUGGCUUCUACCUCCAAGCCUAAGCAGGGUGUGCGGCCGCCUAAGGUUACGAAGCGCACCCUGGCCGCCGACGAGCGCCUCGCGCGCAAGCUCGCUGCUCAAGAGCGCAAGGAGUAUGAGGCGUUAUGCAAGCAGGUCGAGAAGAAGAAAGAAGGCAUCGUGUUCCGAGUCGUCGUCAACGCAGACGGGAACCUGGACGACGGUUCGCCUGCGCAUCCGGACGACUUGGACCGAUUCGAGCCAUGGAGGCAGCUGUUUGAGAAGGGGUCCAACUGCAAGGUCAAGCGAUUCCACUGGAUCGUCAACUACGAGCUCGAGAAGCGGUUCGAGGAAGCGCGUGUCAAGCUACGCGAGAUAAUGGGUUGCGAGCCCGAGGAGAAGCAACUGUUCCACGGGACAUCGGCGGCGAAUAUCGAGUCCAUCCUCAGCGAAGGCUUCCGCAUCGGCGGCGUCGGCAAGCACCGAGUCACUAACGGGACAGCCAUGGGCUAUGGCAUAUAUCUUGCGCAGGACGGCGAGACUUCCAUGGAUUAUGCAUUGGGUGCGGAUCGGAUCUUUGCGUGUCGUGUACUCCCCGGCCGCGUCACACAAUCGUACGAUGAAUCCAAGCGCAAGCCGACUCAAGCUGUUGGGAGCGGGCGGUACGAGUCCUAUAACGCCGGCAACGUGUAUGUCGUGCGCCAUACGGCGCUGGUGCUUCCGUGCUAUAUGAUCGAGUGGGACGUCGAUGAGCUAUAUCGGAACGCGACCACACAGCACAAUCAGAUUAUGGCGCUUGCCGGUGGGGCAAACGGGCUCGCUCACAACAUCAAUGCCGGCAACAACUUCAACGCCAUGAUGGGCACCCUCCUUGGCGGUGCUCCAAACGGGACUGGGAUGCCGCCCUUUGUGCCGCAGGUCGGCGCGGCACCUAUGCUUCAGCGGGGCGUGGCGCCGCAGACAUUCCCGACGAUGUUGGCAGCGCCUGCGUGGGCCGGGAAUGGUCAGACGCGCCCCCCUCGGGGAACGGCAAGUCAACAAGCUGAAGCGGCAGGGGCACAGCGAGCCGAUGCGGCGAGGACACAACAAGCCUCUGGUAGCGGCCCUCGCAAAGACAAGGGGAAAGCGGCAGUGUCUCUAGCAACACCGCCAAGAAAGUACGACGAUUGGGAAGAAUGCCAGAAAUGGAAGGACGAAUACGGGGAAUGGCCGGACGAGUACGACGAGGUGCAUCAUCUCGAUAGUCCGGAUCCGUAUGAAGAGUGUUAGUGUUGUAAGUUCUUUGACGCCGAAGCAAUUGAAUCUUUGAGAAGAUGAGGUUGGAAUUUACGAUGAGCGAUGAAUGCAC